CUGCAAAGCUGCGCGACGGUCACAGCAUUAAGUCAGUGUCUCCACCACGGUCCCAGUCGGCGGAGGUUUCUUUCCAUUACUGCGCUGCCGUUUGCAAACACAACAAUUCGUCUCACUGUUGAAGCCACCGAGCCGAACCACCAGCAAAAGCAGCCGACAGACAGCGGCGAACAGACAGACCGAGUGCGUGCGUGACCGAGUGCGUGGUUUGUUGGAAGCCAGAAGCCAGCGUGCAGUCACUUGCCCUGGCGAGGACAAUUUUGGGCGAGGGCGGUUUUGGAAGUUUUUUUUUCCGGUGAACCUGAAGUGUGCGUGAAGGCAGCGAGGAAAGCAAGCGCAGGGAAGCAACCGUGUAGCGAAGACACGAAUUAGUAGUAGUAGAAGCAGUAGUAGAAGUGAGCUAUUCCAGCAAAUAGCAAACAAGUGGCAGGGCGAAAGUGUACCGUCAACAUGGUGAAGUUGCUGGCCUUAAUUGGCAUCCUCGCGCUAACGGUGGCAGCAGCCACGGCCGAAGUGCGAAUCAAGCGACAGGCGGAAGAAACGACCAAGAAGGAAGAGUCAUUCGAGAAAGAGCUUUGCAAAGACAAAGAUGCCGGUGAAUGGUUCCGGCUGGUAGCGGGCGAAGGCGACAACUGCCGUGACGUCAUCCAGUGCACAUCGUCGGGCCUGCAAGCCAUCCGCUGUCCUGCCGGUCUGUACUUCGACAUCGAGAAGCAGACCUGCGACUGGAAGGACGCGGUAAAGAACUGCAAGUUUAAGAACAAGGAGCGCAAGGUGAAGCCGCUGCUGAUCACGGACGAGCCACUGUGCCAGGACGGGUUCCUUGCCUGCGGCGACGGUAACUGCAUCGAGCGCGGCCUGUUCUGCAACGGCGAGAAGGACUGUAGCGACGGCUCGGACGAGAACUCCUGCGAUAUCGAGAACGACCCGAACCGUGCGCCACCGUGCGACGAGUCCGUCUGCCAGCUGCCCGAUUGCUUCUGCUCGGAGGACGGUACCACCAUCCCGGGCAGCCUGCCGGCCAAGGAUGUGCCGAUGAUGAUCACCAUCACCUUCGACGACGCGAUCAACAACAACAACAUCGACCUGUACAAGGAGAUCUUCAACGGCAAGCGCAAGAACCCGAACGGUUGCGACAUCAAGGCGACGUACUUCGUGUCGCACAAGUACACCAACUACUCGGCCGUGCAGGAGACGCACCGCAAGGGGCACGAAAUUGCCGUUCACUCUAUCACCCACAACGAUGAUGAGCGCUUCUGGUCGAACGCUACCGUGGACGACUGGGCGAAGGAGAUGGCCGGCAUGAGGAUCAUCAUCGAGAAGUACGCCAACAUUACGGACAACUCGGUCGUGGGUGUGCGUGCGCCGUACCUGCGCGUCGGUGGCAACAACCAGUUCACCAUGAUGGAGGAGCAAGCGUUCCUGUACGACUCGACGAUCACGGCGCCGCUCUCGAACCCGCCGCUCUGGCCGUACACGAUGUACUUCCGCAUGCCGCACCGCUGCCACGGCAACCUGCAGAGCUGCCCGACGCGCUCGCACGCCGUCUGGGAGAUGGUGAUGAACGAGCUGGACCGCCGGGAGGACCCGACCAACGACGAGUAUCUGCCCGGUUGCGCGAUGGUCGACUCCUGCUCGAACAUUCUGACCGGCGAUCAGUUCUACAACUUCCUCAACCACAACUUCGACCGGCACUACGACCAGAACCGCGCACCGCUCGGUCUGUACUUCCACGCCGCCUGGCUGAAGAACAAUCCCGAGUUCCUGGACGCGUUCCUCUACUGGAUCGAUGAGGUGCUGGCGAACCACAACGACGUGUACUUCGUCACCAUGACGCAGGUCAUCCAGUGGAUCCAGAACCCGAGAACGACCAACGAGGUCAAGAACUUCGAGCCGUGGAGGGAGAAGUGCGUCGUCGAGGGACAGCCCGCCUGCUGGGUGCCGCAUUCCUGCAAGCUCACCUCCAAGGAGGUCCCCGGGGAGACGAUCAACCUCCAGACGUGCGUCCGCUGCCCGAACAACUACCCGUGGGUGAACGAUCCGACCGGCGAUGGUUUCUUCUAAGCUUAGCUUAUCUUCUGCAGUAUCCUUCUUGACCAUUUUUAACAUGUUUUUUUGUAGCUUUUCUCGAUGCGUCCUUAGUUUUUUGUUUUUUAGCGGAGGUCGUAAACACUCAAUUUUAGAGCAAUCAUUCUGUCUCGAUUUUAAGAGCGGGACGACUGUUCAAUGUUUCGUUUUUAAUCUUUCACUUUAUGAACAUGGGGAACUUCUUUCCGUUUCCUGAUAAUACUGUCAACGCAACCGCACUUUUCUCACUUUUCGGUGCGUUGCAGAUUUAACAUCCCGUCUUCGACCACCCCCGAGGAGCUAGCUGGGUAGGAUCUUAGCGACCUUUUGUUUUUUUUUUUGUUUCAGCCCUACCUAGUCUCCUUUUCCCGGCUACGUCUGGUCUCGCGCCUCGUUGCCUCGUGCACUGCCGGUGGCCAUUUUCGAGACCUAUCCUGACAAAGCCGUCCCUCGAGGCAGGGGUUGCAAGAUGGAAUCCAUUCCACAUACACACA